AUGGCGUGGAGUCCCGUACUUUUGAGCUAUGCUCAGCUGCAGCAAUACCACAUUCAUAGUUCUAACUACAUUUACACAUCAACCUUCGUCGUCGGCAUUGUGCUUUUCCUUUUAACCUUUUCAUAUUUGUUCUUGUACAUAACAUCGACAAGAUCAUCCACCCCCAGGCAGUCUUUUAACUUCUUAUCGGGGUCAAAUCCAUCUGUUUUGGCACACAUUUUCACCAUUCUGUACUCUGUCAGCUUGAUAUUGCUUGGCGCCCUAGGAAUGUACAUAUACUAUUAUGAGCUCUCGCCCAUUUCGUGGACCAAGCUCUUCAACCAGGUCAUCGUCUGCAAUGGAACCUCUUCAAAUAUGGACUACAUCAAUUCUGCAUACAACCAAUAUAAGGUCCCAUUGAGCGCUCACGAAUCUGGGAUCAAGCUCUCUCUUCUGAAAUCGAUAAGCAAUUUCUUGGGAAAUCACACGUUUAAUGGAAAGGAUAUUUCAGCAGCUGGCGCGCUUUCAAUGAGCGACGGUUCUUUCAUCAGCAACGACAGGCCUCCUUUAUUGGAUUAUAGAAAUUUAUUUUCGCGGCAUUAUCCGUUCAUCUACUUUACGCUGAUGGAGGAGAUGAAAUCCUACAUAAGAAUUAGCACCACGCAAUUUUUCUCUUUUUCCAUAUUGAACUCUGCAUACUUUAUCACUCUGUCGUCAUUAAGGGCCACCAUGCUAACUGCAUUUGACAUAAGUUCUGGGGGCAUAUUUUCAUCAUCAACAUUUAUUCUUAUAAACUUGUAUGGCAUAUCGAGGCUCUUGUUUUUCCCCAUUAUAGAUAUCUGGUCCAGUGGGGGAUUCCGCAUUUCCCGGCCAGAAUUGAUCGAAUAUUUUUUGUCGUUUCAAAUAGAAAACUUCUCUGACAAUCAGGAGAAUAGUGGGCGGUUUUCAUGGAUCAUCGGCUGCCUGAAGCACUAUAUUACCAUUGUUGAGCGGCUUGUUUUUCUUAUCAUCCUAUCCUUUAUGAUUGGAAAAAUCUACCUCAAAAAAGAUCCUAACCAAUCUAAACAACUUACUUAUUCUGUGGCCUGCUCACCAGGAGAAGUCAUUCCGUUUCUUUUACUACAGCAAUCCAAACAAGAUAAAAAAUAUUCGAUCAAU